CACUCUUACCAUUUUAAAGAAAACAACGUCAGCAAACAAACGUAUUUGCAUGAUUUCAACUUCCUGCGGAUCUAGUCAAUGGUCCUUUCGUUUCAGCUGCACGAAUCAAAAUGGCUGCGCAGAUAUCAAAGAAGAGGAAGUUCGUUUCUGACGGCAUCUUCAAAGCUGAGUUAAACGAGUUUUUGACUCGUGAGCUUGCGGAGGAUGGCUACUCUGGUGUGGAGGUUAGAGUCACCCCGACUAGAACGGAAAUCAUCAUCCUGGCCACCAGGACGCAGAAUGUCCUGGGCGAGAAGGGGCGUCGCAUUCGUGAGCUGACGGCCGUUGUCCAAAAGAGGUUUGGGUUCCUUGAGGGCAGCGUUGAGCUGUAUGCUGAAAAGGUGGCCACCAGGGGGCUGUGUGCCAUUGCGCAGGCUGAGUCUUUGCGCUACAAACUGCUGGGAGGCCUGGCUGUGCGUAGGGCGUGUUACGGAGUCCUCCGCUUCAUCAUGGAGAGCGGGGCCAAAGGCUGCGAAGUGGUGGUUUCCGGGAAGCUCAGGGGCCAGAGGGCCAAGUCCAUGAAGUUUGUUGAUGGCCUGAUGAUCCACAGCGGAGACCCUGUCAACUAUUACGUGGACACUGCCGUCCGGCACGUCCUGCUCAGACAGGGUGUGCUUGGGAUUAAGGUGAAAAUCAUGCUUCCCUGGGACCCCAGCGGUAAGAUCGGCCCCAAGAAGCCCCUCCCCGACCAUGUGAGCAUCGUGGAGCCCAAGGACGAGGUCCUCCCCACCACCCCCGUGUCUGAGCAGAAAGGGGCCAAGCCAGAGGCCCCCGUCAUGCCCCAGGGGCCACCCGUUGCCACCGCAUAAGGGUUUUCCUUAGAGAUGAACAUGGACACCCCUGGCAGUUUUCUGUAAAAAUAAAUGCAUAAAUAUUUAACGAA